CCGCGAUGUCAUCUGCGGGAUGAUGGCGGGACGCUGCUUUUGUUUCUUGUCUACCGUUCCGGUUCCAGUCGGAAGGAGACAGAUGCGACCCAGCGGAUUCUUCUCGACCUCGUGAAAUCUAAUUAAUUUUUUACCUAUUCGUAUCGUCCGACAGCGAACGGUACUAAAUCCGCCAGUUACUUUUAUUCGACUGUUUGUCUUCUUAACGCAUAGCUGACCUUGCUGUUCAUGCCUCCAUUAAUCCAACGGGUGGAGAAACAAGGUGAAGGUGAACGAGGAAGAGGAGGGGGAGAGAGUGAGAGAGAGGAAGAAGGAGGAGGGAAGAAUAAAGCCAACUCAACUGUCAAUUGUAGCGCAAGGCAAUAGAGUGUGAAUGGAGUCCACUCCGUACAACCCGCGAACUGUGGAGGACGUCUUCAGGGAUUUCAAAGGACGCAGGGCCGCUUUGAUUAAGGCCCUCACAACCGAGGUGGAGGAUUUCCACCGGCAGUGCGAUCCAGGUUAGUAGCUUCUCGUCGCUUUGAUUUUUUUUUCCAGACUUGUUGUUUGUUUCUCUGAGUUUCAAGUUUUGAUUCGCAGUGUGGUUUGCUUGUUGGUGUGCUUGUUUUGGACUUUUGUACGAGUUUUUGCUGCUCCCCUUCUUACUGUCCAUUCUGUGGCAUCAUGAUUUUUCUCCUUGCAUGAGUUUUUAAGUUACAUUGCGAGUGGCUUGUUGUUUUCUUUUGGCACAUAGAUUUUUAUUUUUUAUGUAGACAUAUUUGCAAAACUUCGUUUUCUUUCUUUUUUUGGUGGUCUUUCAUAGCAACUCAAAAUUUGAAAAGUUAUGGAAUGUGUUCCUUUUCUUUUUUUCUCCUUAUCCACUCAAUGCUUGCAUGUUAUUUUAGACUUCGAAGUGCAUAUUAUGUGAAACACUUUUGUAUAGGAACAGUUAGCUUCUUUUUCUUUGAGGUUUCAAUGAAGCUUAUUUUCCCAAUUUCUGAGCAGUUUGCAUAUAAUGGUGUUUUCCUUUUUUUGUCUUGUGGGGAAGGGACUAAACCUUCAAAUUUGAGUUCAGGGAUCAUUUUUUUCAUUGCGUGCUACCAGAUUGUAGUUCUCGUGCUUUUCCUUUUUUUUUUUUCUACAAAGAUGUCGUAACAUAGGUUUGCAAAAUGAAAGUAAAUUUACUAGUAGUAGAUGUAGCGGUCACCACUAUGCUCCAUGCUGUCACUUCUCAUCACCAUCUCUAUUCUUAUUUUUCCUUAUAUUAUUCUGGAUACUGUUCUUGUGGUGGUGGUGGAUUAUUUUUAGGAAGAGAAUUGUUUAUUUUAUUGGGUUUGGAUGAGUUUUACAACUAUGCAGAGAAGGAAAAUCUAUGCUUGUAUGGAUUUCCUUCCGAGACAUGGGAAGUUACCUUGCCUGCAGAGGAGGUGCCGCCUGAGCUUCCAGAACCUGCAUUGGGCAUCAAUUUUGCGAGGGAUGGAAUGCAAGAGAAAGACUGGUUAUCUCUUGUUGCUGUACACAGUGAUGCAUGGUUGCUUGCUGUGGCAUUCUAUUUUGGUGCUCGGUUUGGGUUCGAUAAGAAUGACAGGAGGAGACUCUUCAAUAUGAUAAAUGACCUCCCAACCAUAUUUGAAGUUGUGACAGGGACUGCACAGCUAGUGAAGGAAAAAUCAUCAGUCACAAGCAAUGGCAGCAACAAAUUGAAGCCAAAUGCUAAAGUGCCACAUUUGACUGAAUCUCAGACCAAGUACCCUAAAGGAGUGCAGCAAAAGGAAGUGGACGAGGAGCUAGAAGAAGAGGAUCAUGAAGAAACACUUUGUGGUGCAUGUGGUGAGAAUUAUGCUGCUGAUGAAUUCUGGAUCUGCUGUGAUAUUUGUGAGAGGUGGUUCCACGGAAAAUGUGUGAAGAUCACUCCUGCACGUGCUGAGCACAUUAAGCAAUAUAAGUGCCCCUCUUGCAGCAGCAAGAGAGGCCGCCAAUGAAAAAUUCUAGUCGACAGAUGUUAAUAUUAUCAAACUCUACUAACACCAUCUAGUUUUCACUUUUCUGUUAAGGUCGUCACGUUGUCUUCCGCUCUUCCCCUAGUGAAUAGUGCAGUCUAGUUUUUGGAACUUCAUGUGCAGCUAUGUAUUCCUUGACGAAGACGUUUGUAUGCCCUUCUAUGCUUUUCAACAUGUUAGGUAUAUGGAUACUGAACAAGGCGCCAGCCUUUUUACUCUUUCAGUGGGCUAAUGAUCAGGAAACAUUGGAACAAUUCUGUGGAAUCCGGAGCUUUUCAUCACAUUCGGCUACACGACAAACAGCAGGUACUGGUCUUGGGAUGACAUUGAGACCAACUAAUUAAAUCGUCUACCACCACAUAUCAGUCAGAACUUGCAAGUGCACUAGCAGCAACUGUUCCGACCUCCGCUGCUGCUCUGGACUGACGCUAUUCUUAGAAGUGCAAAUGCCAUGGUGACUAACUAUGAUUCGCCACACGCAAUCGAGGCAGAAAUGGCGGAGUAUCGAAGCAUCCAAACAACCUUCAUGGAGUGAAGGAAUCCACAGUUUCCACGUUAUAUGCGGAAUACACAAAUCCAUCACCAUCCUUGCUUUCAAGAAUAACCUUACGAGUCGAUAGCCGUCUGCUCAACGUGAUCAAUAUACCAGCAACAAGGACGGUGCUCAAAGUUGUCAUCUGUAUCCCAAACCUGUCUCGCACCGAACCUUAAUUUAGCAGGAGAAAGAGUUCCUCCUGGUUGACAAUUCCACUGGCAGUAUAAUUCAUGAUCUUGAUGGACUAGAAAUAUGGUGAUGCCCUGUUCCUAGUACACAGACAAGCACACACAUAGAAAGAGAGGGAGAGAAAUGUCUUGGAAAAGAUCCAGGCAAGUGGGAGAAAAAAGAAGGAUUAUGGGGUCCUCAAGCGGGUCCAUGAAAAUGAUAGCUCAAUGUCUGAAAAGGUUGCAGUUGUUCCCUUUUACAUUACAGAGGCUUUCUUGAUUUUUCUCGAGGUAGGAGGGUGGAGUUGGCCGACGUCUGAGCUUUUGCUUGUUCACGGGAUUCGAUUUCCGUGUGAUGCUUCGCUUGCCGGCGCACAUGCAUGUUGAACAUCACGGAAAAGUGAUCAAUUCACGGAUGCAUUUGUUACUUUGGCGUGUUUCAAGUGGUAGAAGAACCGAACUUAUUGUAUUUUGUUUCCUUGUCCGAGAUUUGGUGUCGAUAUUUUGCUUCUGGUGUUUCUACCGAUGAAUAAAAAUCAUGAUGAUGGUGGCUUCCGUA